AUGUCGGCGGAGAAACGUGAUAAGGAGGAAGAGGUGAAGACCGACGAUGGAUCUCCUAAAAUUAAACCGAGACCGAUCGUUCAGCUGGGAAUCUUCCUCAUCUCUCACAGUCCCGUCUUCAGUGUGGUUUUCUCUGCCGCUGGUGUUUUGGCGCUGCUGCUUCUACCGCUACUUGCAAAGAACACUUACAUCUCAGAGAAUGCUCUAAUGCCAGGCUCUGCACGGUCUAUGCUCUCUCAUCGUGAUGUUUCCGAUGGAAGCAAACUGGUGAAGGACAUAAAGAACUUUAGGUCGAAUCAUGAAGGCCAGGGUGUUGAAGUCCAGAGGCUCAUUGGGAAAUACAUGUCAGAAAUGGGUGCAGAAGUCUAUUAUCAAAAGUUUCAUCCUGAAGGGAAUCAGUUUCACCCUUUACACUUCUUCUCCGGUCCUGAUUCAUAUACACUGCUGGGGAAUGUCAGCUGUGCUUCUUAUGGGGUCAAUGUUGCUGGGAUUAUAAGAGCCCCUCGUGGUGACGGAAAAGAGUCUAUUGUGCUGGUUACUCCCUAUGAUUCUAUAAACGGUGGAGAGUAUGAGGCUUUGUCUUUAGGCAUUGCCAGUUCUCUAUUUUCUUUACUCGCUAGAGUUACCUGGCUUUCCAAGGACAUAAUAUGGCUUGUUGCUGAUUCUCGUUAUGGAGACUAUAGACCUGUUGCUGCAUGGUUAAGUGAAUACCACACGCCUUCGUUUAUGGUCUCCGAUUCACUGAAGUGUGACGAGCUAAAUACAGCCGGCAGCUUCAAACGGGCUGGAACAGUGGCUGCUGCAUUGGUUUUGAAGGUUGAUGGUAGAAGUGAAAGGUUCGAGGACACACUAAGUAUCUAUGCAGAGGCAUCUAACGGGCAGAUGCCAAAUCUCGACCUCUUCAAUGUUGUAAAUUACUUGGCGGUGCAUAGGCAGGGCUUUUAUGUUAGAGUGGAGAAGGUUGUAUCUUUACUUUCCUCUAGUUGGCUAAAGACUGUUGGGGAAAUAUUUGAAGCUGUUGGAAAAGUGGCUCAUACGUUAAAUCCCGACUGGAAUUUCGGUAUCCCAGCCGCAGACUAUCUUGAAGGCAGUGCUACCCUUGCAAGUUCACUCUAUUCCCAGGCCCUUGGUAUCCCAACUGGUCCUCAUGGAGCUUUCCGCGAUUAUCAAGUGGAUGCAAUUACUUUGAAAGUUUCACCCAGAUUUCCUGCUGACAGUAAGGCAAGACAACACGAUUUCUUUCAACGAGGUGCCCAGUUACUUGAAGGAACAAUAAGAUCAGUGAACAACCUUCUUGAGAAGUUCCAUCAAUCGUUUUUCCUCUACCUGUUAACUUCCCCAAGCAAGUUUGUCUCCGUAGGAGUCUACAUGAUCGCCUUUGCUCUUCUUGUAGCCCCUCUUCCAAUGGUCGCAGCCUCUUUAUACAUUGAUGGCUGUAACGCUCUUACCAAAGCCACUCAUAACCCGGCCAAAAACCUCAAGUCAUGGAAAUGGCUAGACGCAGCCAAGCAGGUCUUUGCUUUGCACUUGCUGGGUUUCAUCGUCACACUGCUUCCUUAUUUCAUCUGUCAAGUACCUGGCCAGCAUUCUCCAACAAACCGCUCCAUCAUGUGGGCUGCUACAUCUUCUUCGCUUCUCCUUCUAACGUUUGUCACAAUCCCGAGUUGCUCGCCGUUCUCCUCUCGGCUCCAUGGAACCAACUGGGCUGUCUUGAAAUCAGUGACCAUCUCAGCUGCCUUCAUCGGUCUAUGCCUCAUGUCCAUUAUCAAUUUCGCCACCGCAAUGAUUGGAGCGUUGCUACUUGUGCCAAUGUGUCUAAUGGUUCGCCCUAUAAAACUCGAUUUGAGAUCCAAACGCGUUAAGAGCCUGGUGGGCGCGUUUUGCAGUACGGUGCUGGUGACUAUCGGGUUCCCGGUCAUUGUUUUCGCAAUCUCUAAGGGUUUGAUCAGAGAAGGAGGGCUCGUGGGGUUGAGCCUUGGAGGAGAGUUUUGGACAUGGUUAGAAUCGUUGUGGGCGUGGAAGAGUGCGACAUAUCUAUACAUAGGUAUGGUUCAUCUUCCUUGCUGGCUCCUUUGCCUCUGCAUCUUGUUUCAUCCUUCUUAA